AUGAGCCUGAUGCCUGGUGCUUUUGAUGACCAGUACAUUGGCUGUACUGAAAAAAUGGAAAAAGAUGCCCCCAGAUUGAUGGAGGAAGAGAUGAAGAAGAACAGAAACUUGAGUGUGGAGUGGAACAAAUCAGAAGAAAAAUGGAACAGCAUGAAGAAAUCUCUUGACAAGAAUCUCCCAAGGGACUUUAAGGAUGAAUAUGGAAGAGCAAUUAUAGCCUAUACCAGUACAGCACUUAGUAAGGUUCUGAAUAAGGCAGUACGGGAGUCUGCUACCUCUCUAGCUACCUACAACAGCAAUUUCCAUUUCAAAGCUUUUCAUUACUACCUGACAAGAGCUUUACAGCUCCUAAGAAAGAGCUGCGAUGUGACGUACAAAACACCAGUGUACAGGGGAAUCAGUGACAUUAGAUGUGAGAAGAAACAAUUUGAAAUCAUGAGGUUUGGAUAUUUUAGCUCUUCAUCUUUUAACAAAAUAGUAGCUGAGCAUUUUAGGAAAGACACUGGAUGCUUGUUCACCAUCCACACUUGCUUUGGAGUUGAUAUCAUGCAAUACUCCUAUUCUAAGGAGCAAGAAGAAGUACUAAUCCCCAUCCAUGAGAAAUUCCAGGUGUUCCCAGGACGUGAUGGGUCCAACAGCCUUGUCCUCCAAAGCACCAACCAGACCUGCAGCCAUUUUAACUGCGCCUGUCUGGGGAGUGAGGACUGGGCUGAGCGUGUGCAGGGGGUCAAUGGGGACUAUGACAUGGGGCCUGUCACGAGGAUGGGCAGAGACAAUCUGACACUCCUGCUGCCAAGGGGCCCUGUGACAGGAUCCAACCCAGAGGUGGGCUUGAUGCCUCCUGAUGGCCGCGCUGUUCCUGCCCCAAUCAGGUUCCUUCAGUACCCACCCUUUGCUCUUUCCUGCCAUGCCUUCAUUGGGGUUAUUUGGUUAUGA